AUGAGACAAGCCAGAGCCCACGUCCAGCCGGCUGCUCGACGCUACUUCCACACGUACUUCAUCACCCACCUUCCGUCGUCCUCCCUGCAUCCAGACUCCAGCAGGCCUCACGGGCCGAGCCACAAACUGCCUCGCGAUGCCUCGACGCCGCACACCCCGAGCCCCGGAUCCGCCCCGGCGGUUGCGAUACCGAACAUGCCCAGCCGAGAUCUCACAGUCGUGCGAAUUCCCCUACGGCGAGCGAAGCACCACUUUGGCACGGCGACGGCCCGAGGAAAUCGACCCUACAACGAAGAUGCGGACCAGGCCGGCAUCAUCGACAUGCCGGCGUUUGCCAAGAGGGUACCGACGAGCGUCAGGCAGAAGCCGGGGGAGCCGACCAUGCCGGGCAGUGCCUGUGGAGAUCCCCAGAUCUUCUACUUUGGGGUCUUUGAUGGUCACGGCGGAGUCCAAUGCUCCCAUUUCCUGCGCGACGAGCUACACGGAUACAUCGAGGAGGCGGCAGCCGAGUUUGGCCUGCAGAGCAGCUUGCGCAAAGAGAACCCUUGGGAUGUCUCCAGAAAGCCGGUGACUCGCAAGCAGGCUCUCGACAACGUACACAUGAAGAGCCCUGAAGAGGUGAAGGAUGAUAUUGAACUGCCAACUCGGGAUGAUAACGUGGGAGUCGUCAAUGCGCCGCGGCAUGGAGACCCCCUCCCCAGUGCCAAGUCGGUGCCCGUAGAGGUAUCCGAUUACUCAAAGGCCGUCAGGUUGAAGAAGGCCCUCAUCCAGGAGUAUAGAGUCUCCAUCGGGGGAUACUUCCGCCGCUUCCAGCCAGAGUACUUCAACCUCUCCGAGGAUGGCGACAACUACACCAUCUCGGUCGAAUCAGCCCUCGCCUACGCCUUCCUGCGCGCCGACUUGGACUUCGUUUCCGCCCAGGCCCGAAAGGUCGACCCGGACGACUCGACGGUCUGCGACAGCCCCCUGAACAAUGACGAGAUCCUCGGAAAGCCUCAUGCCACGCCUUCGGGCCACGUCAUUGGCGGCGCAACGCGGUUCAAGGGAGGCUCGACCGCAUCCAUUGUGCUCAUCUCGACGCCGACUCCCGUGCCCUUUUGGCACCCUGGUGCGCAUUCGUCGCUCAUCGUAGCGCACGUCGGCGACACCCGCGUGCUGCUAUGCGACACGGCCACCGGGCUCGCCCAGCCCCUGACUUCCGACCACCACCCCACCACGCCGGGCGAGAGCAGACGCCUGCGCAGGUACGCUCCCGCCGGCUCGAUGGUCUCUGGCGAUAGUUUCGGCGAGGAGCGCAUCGCGGGGCUGGCCAACAGCCGUGCGUUCGGGGACAUCAAGAGCAAGCGCAUCGGCGUCUCGGCCGAGCCGGAAAUCACACGGGUCGAGCUCGGCCCCGCCGAGUAUUCCUUCCUGGUCCUCAUGAGCGACGGCGUCUCGGGCACGCUCAGCGACCAGGAGAUUGUGGACGUCGUCAAGGAGGCCAAGACCCCCGAGGAGGGCGCCCGCCGCGUCGUCGACUACGCCACCGAGGUCUCCGACGACGGCGACAACGCGACGUGCCAGGUCGUCCGGCUGGGAGGCUGGGAGCGGCGGUCCGAAGGCGGCCUGGGCAGUCUUGGGACCAAGGAGUUUCGGGAUGCCAGGCGUGCGGAGGCGCAAGAUCCGCGACGACGCGGGAAGCGGUAG